AUGGCCGCGACAGCGAACCCUGGACCAUGUCCACAAGUCUCGGAAGUCCAGGACCGGCUUCUGAUUGGCGGAGUGGGAGGCGGAAGCCCGGGAGCCAUUGGCCUGCUAUUACAGACACAUGCGAUUACCCAUCUGAUUGUUUGUGGGCGUGUCGAUCAAGAUGUGCACGUCGCGGCUGCCAGGGAAGCAGUGGUUGAUGGCGGCACAGAGCUUCAUGUUGCCGCUCUUGUUCCAGAGGAUAAGUCUGAUAUCUGCAGAAUUAUGGACAACGCUGUGGCCUUUAUCCAGGACGCCUUGGAUGACGAGCUAAAUGCCGUUCUCGUCGCGUGCAGCAAAGGCGCAUCUCGAAGCGUAGCUGUCGUGCUCGCAUAUUUAAUGAGCAGGGGAGCGGAUCUGGCGAGUGCGUUUGAUCUCGUCGCGAGCGCAAGAUGGCGGAUUUGGCCAAGCGCUUUGCUUGUCGACUCUCUCAUGACGUUGGAAGCACGUGCAGGCAGAUGUUUGAAGCAAGAAGUGCUGCCUGCGACAAGCAGCCUGCCGGUUCUGCGUCGCAUCGGUGCUCACGCAGCCUGGGCAACGGCAUGGCACAACGGGAUCCACGCAAGCCGAGCCGAAGCUGAGGAUCUCUGGGACCAGUGCAAGGGGCUUCCCCUGGAAGAGGCUUUUGCAAAGUGCAAGCAGGCUCUGCUUGGGAAGAGUACGGCAGAACUGGAGCUGUUUUCCGACCAACCUCGGGCGACAUAUGGGCAGCCACCUCAUGCCCAGGUCGAUAACAUAGCCGGCAUUUCUGAUGACCUAAAGAUUUGUGGGCUUGGCGGGCUGUCAGCAAGUGCUAUCGCAAGCAUGCUGCAGAAGCACUGCGUAAAACGAGUGGUUGUUUGUGGUAAGCCUGAGCGCGAUGCCCACGUAUCCGCGGUGAAGGAUGCACUGUCCAUCGCAGGUAUUUCCACCGCCGACCUGCAUAUCGUACCAGUGAGGGACAGUGCAAGCGAAGACUUGGGAUCGCUACUAGCAUCUGCCAUCGAUUUCGUGAUGGCUGUUCCUGGCAGAGCGACCUUAAUCGCCUGCCGACAAGGGGCUUCUCGCAGCGCGACGGUGGCCAUUGCUUGCCUAGUGCAUGAACUGAAGGUAUCCGUGCUGGAGGCCUUCAACCAGCUUGCUGCCAGUCGGUGGCGUUUGUGGCCAAAUGCAGGUUUCGUCCGACAGCUCCUUGCCUUUGAGGACAGCCUCAAGCUGGCGCAGCAAGGUGAAAGGACCACUGACGAAUACAAGGAGCAGGUGCUCCGGAAGAUUGGGAUUCAUGCUGCUUGGGCCACGAACAAGCACAAUCUGCGAACUGGAUCUGGUCAGCAAGGCUUGACCAUUCAAGAAGUCGAGAAAUUUUGGAAUCAAGCCGCUCGGCAAGCCGAGGAGCCCGAAGAACGUUACGAGCUCUGUAAGUCGUUGAGCUUGGGAGUUGAUUUGACCUCCUUCGAUGCCGAGCCCGAUUCCAAGCGUGCCUGUGUCGACAUAGGGGCCGAGCAAAAAAGGACGAAGCGCUUCGUAAAGAUGGAUAUAGCGUGCAGCAUGAACUAG